AAAAAGAACAUAAAUAUCGCGACUCUUUCUUUGUCUCUUCUUUUUUUUUUCUUUCAGCUUUUCUUUUGUUUUUCUCAAGACAUGUCUAAUCUUCAUAUUGCUCAAAAGAUUGCCAACGUUGUGGUCUAUCUUUUCUUCCUCUCUGCCACCGUCUACAACAUCGUAGGUCCUUCUCCUAAUAAAGAUGUUAUCCUUGAAGGCCAAACCUACUUUACGCCAUCUUACUGGAUUGAAUACAUUUGGACUCUUAUUCAUGUUCUCCUCGGUGGCUUUGUCAUUUAUCAAUGGUUUGAACCUGCUCAUGAAGCUGCUAUUCACGGUGUUGGUUGGCACUUUGUUCUCUCUGUCUUGCUUAACGCUAUCUGGUUGACUCUCUUGAAACAAGGUCACUUCAUUAUUGGCCUCAUCUUUGCUCUCUUGACUGCUUCUUCUGUUUCCUAUGUCUUCUACAGACUUGAAAAGAACUAUCCUUCUACUAGCUGGUGGGACAAGCUCUUUGUUCAUGCUCCUUUCUCUUUGUGGCACGGCUGGAUUGUCUUUUCCGUUGUGAUCAACUUUUUCCAAGCCUUUACUUCCAUUAAGGAAGAUGGUCCCCACACCUUGCACCGUAUCUUAGCUAUCCUUGCUGUUGUUUUCUUGACUUCCACCGCUAUUGGUUACGUUGAAUUCAAGAAGAGCAAGGGUGAUGUUACUGGUGCCAUGGUUAUUGGUCUCGGCCUCUUAGCCGUCUUCACUAACCAACAUGAUGCUUGGAUUCACUGGCCUGCUUUAGUUGGUGCUAUUAUCACCCUUAUUUACCCUGCUCGUCCUUACGUUUUCAGACUUGUAGGCCGUAACUCUAAUGACGAAAAUGCUCCUCUUCUUGGUUAAGUUCAAGCAGACGCAUCUAAAUUCUCUAUAAUAAAGUAUAAUAAUAAUUUUAGCUUUUUUUAAAAAAACUGUGUUACUGUGAUACAAAGACACUUUUUUUCUUAUGUGU